UGUGGUUUUAUAAAUGUAUGUCCCAUGUAAACACAUGGGUCCUGCUCUAAUCCCCUGAAUUAAAGGAAUGUCCACUAUUAAAGAAAUAACAUUUAUGAGUUCCUCAGUUUUAAAAAUCUAAUCUUAUCUAAUCGCGUUUAUAGCCUUGUUAUUAUGAACCAAGUUCAUUUUAUGUUGUCUAAAAUUGCACACAUUACAAACCCAACUCGUCCGGUUCAUCCGGUUAGUGCAACAGGUGGAGUUUGGCAAGUAUGGAAACCCCAGAAUAGCUGUUUGGAUAUUGUGGAUUGUUACUUUCGUAUUCUUAUAUGUUGUAUAUUUGACGCUGAAAAUGUCAGAAGAGUUAUUGCUGAUCGCGGGUGUUGUGAUUGGGGUGCUGAUAAUAUUUCGUACAUAUGUACGUGGCGCGCGAUGCAAAAGCAAAGAAAAACUGCAUGGCAAGACGGUCAUCGUUACAGGUAGUAACACGGGCAUCGGUAGAGCCACAGCGGUGGAUUUAGCGCGGAGAGGCGCGAGAGUCAUUCUGGCCUGCCGUAACCAAACACGCGGCGAGGCUGCUGCGGCUGUCGUGCAAAGUGAGAGUGGGAGUAAAAAUGUGGUGUACAUGCAGCUGGAUUUGGCCAGUUUGAAAUCAGUGCGCUCCUUUGCAGAAACUUUUCUCAGGACCGAGAGAAGACUGGAUAUUCUCAUCAACAAUGCAGGGGUUUAUAUGCAGGGCACUACUGAAGAUGGUCUUGGUCUUAUGUUUGGCAUCAAUCACCUUGGUCACUUCCUCCUGACCAACCUGCUGCUGGACAGAUUGAAACAGUGCUCGCCAAGCCGCAUUGUCACCGUAUCCUCAUAUUUACAUAAUUAUGGUAACCUUGACUUUGACACUCUUCGCACCCACAAAGAGUUCGGAGUAGGUGAGUCUUCUAGGGAUGUCUUCAGGAUAUAUUCCCACAGCAAACUGUGCAAUGUGCUCUUCACACAUGAGCUCGCAAAGAGGCUACAAGGAACCCACGUGACCUGUUACAGCCUCCACCCAGGUGUUAUAAACUCUGAUUUGGGCCGUAAUAUGAAUAAAAUGUCUAGGAAGCUAUUGAAACCCAUCGUAGCUCUGUUCUUUAAGGACGUAGAGGCUGGUGCCCAGACAACUCUAUACUGUGCCGUGCAGGAGGGCAUUGAAGCCCUGAGUGGCAGGUAUUUCUCCAACUGUGCUGUGAAGAAACUGAAAGCCAAAGCUCAGGACGAUGCUGUGGCCAAAAAACUAUGGGAAGUGAGUGAGACAUUAAGUGGUCUGUCCUGAAACCACUCAGAGUCUAUGUUAUACUUAAUACACACAAGUGCAAUAACAUGAAUUAUAAAUUUAGCUACUUUAAUCAUCUGUUUUACAGAUUGAUAAAAAGAACAUGAGACCUAUAUCUCAAGUUAAAUUGGGCUUAGCUUGUAGUACCUGACUUUGUUUAAAACAGAUGAUGAGUUUACAUUGUUGUAAUUUUCACUUGAAAUAAAAGUUUAUUUGGAAAGAUUGCAUUGUUAUUCAAGUAUAUAUUUGUGAAAUACAU